UUUCAUAAAGUUCAAUUUCAGAUAGAGUUCUGCAAAACAAUCAACAUAUUAUUAGUGUAUUUCAUUUUCAAUAUUCACUAAAUGUUAUAUUAGCUUAUGGUCAUUUAAGCCUUUUGUUCUUUUUUGGCAUGUGAGUUUUCGGACGUUGAUAUAUGCAAAAGGAGGAAGGGAGUGUUUUCUGGUGUUUGUGAACUUGUUAGUCUUGAGAUAUGGGUGGAUGUGUGUCGAGUCCGUCUAAGAAGAUUAAGUUAAAAGCAAAGUACAUUCCCAAGACUCGUAGGUUUCGAAGGAAGGCACCAUCUUCUGUUUCUGUUGCACCAAUAGAGCAACUUACUGAUGCAGGAGAGUAUGCAAGAGAUGUUGAUGUUUGUGAGUUUGUCACAGUAGACUACGAGAGCAGGGCGUCAAGUCCUGCAUUUCAUCAUUCCCUAAACUAUCAUCAAGUUGAUGUAACCGGAUUAAGCCAAGAGGAAGCAUGGUUUGAUACUUGCAGUGUCCUUGACUCGGAUUCAGACGAAGACUUCACUAGUGUUCUUGGAGAAAUUUGCCCUUCACUCGUCGUUGCUGCUGGGAGUGCAUUAGAUCAUCAAAGCCAAAUUGAAACCCACUCACGCUUUUAUGAUACUAUCAACAACAAUGAUAUACCAUGUGUAGAUGGAAAUUUUACUAAGAGGAGAAAUGUUGCGGAGGAUCCAAGUUUGACAUCUCAACGAAGGAAGUUAUCAGUUGUAACACUUGCUGAUAGUAAGAUACUGCAUGAUGAAGACACGACGACUGAGUUCUGUCCUUCAAGAAGAUUAUUGUAUCAUCCAAAAGCAGGAUGUCUUAUUCCACAUUCUAGUGAUGUGAAAUUGACUCAAGGAUGUUGGAGUCCGGUUUCUCCUUCCAUAUUUAAGCUUCGUGGAAUGAAUUACUUCAGGCAUGUUACUAUGGUUAUGUUAUAUAUUCGCCUUAUCUACAUUGUGUACAAUAAGAUUUGCAAGUGUUUCUUGUUUUGCUCUGCAUUCAAGCUUAUAAGACUUUUUAUAUUUCUCAAAUGCAGGGAUAAAAGGAAAUUUCCUGCCGCGAAUUGUUGCCCUUAUGUACCUAUUGGUGUUGAUUUAUUUGUUUCUCCGCGGAAGAUAUCUCACAUAGCACGGUAUCUUGAACUUCCCUUUGUAGAGCCACAUGAAAACGUUCCAUCAUUGCUUGUCGUCAAUAUACAGCUGCCUAGUUACCCUACUUCGAUGUUCCUUGGGGAAAACGAUGGAGAGGGAAUGAGCCUUGUACUAUAUUUCAAAGUAUCAGAAAAUUUUGAAAGAGAAGUUUCUCCACAAUUUCAAGACAGUAUAAAGAGAUUUGUGAAGGAUGAAAUGGAAAUCGUAAAGGGAUUUGCAAAGGAAUCAACAGUUCCUUUCAGAGAAAGACUCAAAGUUAUGGUUGGUUUAGCCAAUCCUGAAGACCUUCAUUUAAAUCCCGCAGAGAAAAAGCUUUUACAUGCAUAUAAUGAAAAACCAGUGCUUUCGCGUCCUCAACAUGCGUUCUACGAGGGAGACAGCUACUUCGAAAUAGACUUGGAUGUUCAUCGUUUCAGUUACAUCUCCAGGAAAGGAUUUGAUGCAUUCCGAGAACGGUUGAAACAUGGAAUUCUUGAUCUUGGAUUGACAAUUCAGGCACAGAAGCAAGAGGAGUUGCCAGAGAGAGUUUUGUGCUGCGUUCAAUUGAACAAAAUUGAUUUUGUGAAUUGUGGCCAGAUACCUCAACUUAUUAUUCCUAUUGAAAAUAAUUGAGAGAGCUAGGCCACAAUAGUUGUAAAUAUUUUUGCAACAAGAAAAAAGACUAAAUUCUGAAAUGUAACAAUUACAUCAAUUUUUAUUUGUAUCAAGAUUGACAAAAUGUCAAAAUAGUUUAGAACUUUUUCAAUGAAAUA